AUGGGUGCCCCAAGCGGGUGCCUGGUGCUGGCCUGGGUCCUCGCGGCCCUGCUCCUGGUGCAGAAGACAGAGACCCAGGGCAGCGUGGAGCCCAGCCAGGCCAGCACAGAGGCUGCCACGCACAGUCGGAGGGCAGACGUCGCUUGGAGCACCGUCAUCCCGCCCAUCACCGUCUUGCCCACCAUGAGCUCCCGGAACCCCGCGCACAACGGGCGCGUGUGCAGCGCCUGGGGCGACUUCCACUACAAGACCUUCGACGGCGACGUCUUCCGCUUCCCGGGCUUGUGCAACUACGUCUUCUCAGCGCACUGCGGAGCCGCCUACGAGGACUUCAACAUCCAGCUGCGCCGCGGCCGGGCCGGCUCCAGGCCCACCAUCACCCACAUCGUCCUCAAGACGCAGGGGCUGGUGCUGGAGGCCUACAACGGCUCCAUCCUCAUCAACGGGCAGCGGGGGGAGCUGCCCUACAGCCGUGCAGGCCUGCUGGUGGAGCAGAGCAGCGUCUACAUCAAGGUCACCGUCCGGCUGAUGCUGACCUUCAUGUGGAACAGAGAGGGCAGUGCCCUGCUGGAGCUGGACCCCAAGUACGCCAACCAGACAUGUGGUCUGUGCGGGGACUUCAACGGGCUCCCGGCGGUCCAAGAGUUCUACUCCCAUAACGCCAGGCUGACCCCUCUGCAGUUCGGGAAUCUACAGAAGCUGGACGGGCCCACAGAGCAGUGCCAGGACCCCCCGCCUUCCCCGGCCAGCAACUGCACAGACUGGGAGGGCAUCUGCCACCGCACCCUGCUCGGCCGGGCCUUUGCAGAGUGCACCGUGCUGGUGGACCCUGCCGCGUACGUGGCCGCCUGCACCCAGGACCUGUGUUGGUGCCCCACCUGCCCUUGCGCCACCUUCGCAGAGUACUCCCGCCAGUGCGCCCACGCGGGAGGACAGCCCCAGAACUGGAGGGGCCCGGACCUCUGCCCCCAGACCUGCCCCCUCAACAUGCAGCACCGCGAGUGCGGCUCGCCCUGCGCGGACACCUGCUCCAACCCCCAGCGCUCCCAGCUCUGCGAGGACCACUGCGUGGACGGCUGCUUCUGCCCCCCAGGCACGGUGCUGGAUGACAUCACCCACAGGGGCUGCCUGCCCCUGGAACAGUGUCCCUGCACCCACGGCGGCCACACCUACGCCCCGGGGGCCUCCUUCACCACCGUCUGCAGCGCCUGCACCUGCUCCGCAGGGCUGUGGCGGUGCCAGAACCUUCCCUGCCCUGGCACCUGCUCUGUCCAGGGCGGGUCCCACAUCUCCACCUAUGACGAGAGGCUCUAUGACGUGCACGGAGACUGCAGCUACGUCCUGUCCAAGACGUGUGCAGAGAACAGCUUCAGCGUGCUGGCCGAGCUGCGCAGGUGUGGCCUGACGGACAACGAGAACUGCCUCAAAUCGGUGGCACUCAGCGUGAAUGGCGGAGACACGAUCAUCCAGAUCCAGGCCAACGGCGGGGUGUUCCUGAACUCCAUCUACACCCAGCUGCCCAUGUCAGCAGCCAACAUCACGAUCUUCAGGCCCACCUCCUUCUUCGUCCUGGUGCACACGGGCCUCGGGCUGCAGCUGCAGGUGCAGCUGGUGCCGCUCAUGCAGCUGUUCCUCAGGCUGGAGCCCUCCUACCGCGGACAGAUGUGCGGCCUGUGCGGGAACUUCAACCAGAACCAGGCCGAUGACUUCCGGACCCUCAGCGGCGUGGUGGAGGGCACGGCUGCCGCCUUCGCCAACACCUGGAAGACCCAGGCCGCCUGCCCCAACGUCAAGAACAGCUUCGAGGACCCCUGCUCCCUCAGCGUGGAGAACGAGAACUACGCCCAGCACUGGUGCUCCCUGCUGACUGACCCGGCCGGAGUCUUCUCCCGCUGCCACUCUGUCCUCAACCCCGCGCCCUUCUACUUGAACUGCAUGUUCGACACGUGUAACUGUGAGAAGAGCGAGGACUGCCUGUGCGCGGCCCUGUCCUCCUACGUGCACGCCUGCGCCGCCAAGGGGGUGCUGCUCAGCGGCUGGAGGGACGGCGUGUGCAGCAAGUAUGUGAGUAGCUGCCCCAAGUCCCAGCACUACAGCUACGUGGCUCAUGGCUGCCAGCCCUCCUGCCGCGCUCUGAGCCAGGUGGACGUCACCUGCGGCAUCGCCUUUGUGCCCGUGGACGGAUGCGUCUGCCCCUCGGGCACCUUCCUGGACGACUCGGGCGCCUGCGUGUCCGCCGACGCAUGCCCCUGCUACUUCCGUGGCUCUGUGGUGGCCCCGGGAGACGUGGUGCAUGACAACGGUGUGAUCUGCUCGUGUGCGGGUGGGAAGCUGAGUUGCCUGGGAGCGGCGGAGCAGAAGAGCUCAGGGUGUGCGGCCCCCAUGGUGUACCUGGACUGCAACAGCGCCUCGGCGGGCACGCCCGGGGCUGAGUGUCUCAGGAGCUGCCACACGCUGGACGUGGACUGCUUCAGCACCCAUUGCGUGUCUGGCUGUGUCUGCCCCCCGGGGCUGGUGUCGGACGGGAGUGGGGGCUGCGUGGCCGAGGAGGACUGCCCCUGUCUGCACAACGAGGCCACCUACAAACCCGGGGACACCAUCAGGGUGGACUGUAACACCUGCACGUGCAGGAACCGCAGGUGGGAGUGCGGCCGCAAGCCCUGCCUGGGCACCUGCGUGGCCUACGGGGACGGCCACUUCAUCACCUUCGACGGGGAGCGCUACAGCUUCGAGGGGAGCUGCGAGUACACGCUGGCCCAGGACCACUGUGGGGGCAACAGCACUGCCAACGGCACCUUCCGCGUGGUCACCGAGAACGUCCCCUGCGGGACCACGGGCGUCACCUGCUCCAAGGCCAUCAAGCUGUUCCUGGAGAACUAUGAGCUGGUCUUGCAUGAAGGCACCUACAAGGUGGUGCAGAGGGGGCCGGGCGGAGACCUGCCCUACAAGGUCCGGUACAUGGGCAUCUACCUGACCGUGGAGACUCACAGUGGCCUGGUGCUGUCCUGGGACCGGAAGACAAGCCUGUUCAUCCGACUGCAGCAGGACUACAAGGGCCGGGUCUGUGGGCUGUGUGGGAACUUUGACGACAACGCCCUCUCCGCCCGGGCCACGGCCACCCAUACCUUGCCAGCAGUGACAGUGACCACAGCGUCCACAUCUGUCCUCAGCACCCCGGGGACCCCUGUGUCCCCCAGCUGGAACUUCACCACCCCCUGCCUCUGCCGGGUGUUUGGGCAGCUCUUCUCACCUGGGGACGUUGUCUACAAUAAGACAGACGGUGCGGGCUGCUCCUUCUAUGCCAUCUGCAACCAGCACUGCGACAUUGACCGCUUCCAGGACACCUGCCCCACCUCUUCGCCCCCCGAGUCCUCUUCGGCCCCCACGGCCUCGUCUUCCCAGCCUCAGGGCUGCGACCUCAUCGUCCCUGCCCGACAGGUGAACGAGUCCUGGACCCUGUCGGACUGCACGGUGGCUCUGUGUGAGGGCCACAACCGGGUGGUCCUGCUGGGGCGGAAGCCGGUGGCCAGCAUCCGCUGCGUGAACGGACACCCUCCGGUCAGAGUGUCGCAGGAGAGCGAGCCGUGUGACUUCCACUUUGAGUGCGAGUGCUCCUGCAGCGGCUGGGGGGACUCGCACUACACCACUUUCGACGGCACUUCCUACUCCUUUCGGGACAACUGCACCCACGUGCUCAUGAAGGAGAUCCGCCCACGCUACGGGAACCUCAGCAUCUACAUGAACAACUACUACUGCGGGCCCACCAGGGCCACCACGGCCGCCGCCCACUGUCCCCGUGCCCUCAGCAUCCACUACAAGUCCAUGGAGGUCAUCCUUACCACCAGCACCAGCAUCCACGGGCAGGAGCAGAGCCUGAUCCUGUUCGACCAAAUCCAAGUGAGCUCGGGCUUCAGCAAGAAUGGCGUGAGUGUGUCGGUGACGGGGACGACCACGAUGGGCAUCGACAUCCCUGCCAUUGGUGUGAACAUCACCUUCAACGGGCACCUCUUCCACAUCCAGCUGUCCUACAGCCGCUUCAGCCACAACACCGAGGGCCAGUGUGGCACCUGCACCAACAGCCAGACGGACGACUGCCGCCAGCCCGGCGGAACCAUGGCCCCCACCUGCCAAGACAUGGCCCACCGCUGGCUGGUUCCCGAGAGGGGCCGGGAGGCCUGCUGGGCGCCUACCAGCCCGCCCCCGACGGCUGGCCCCGCGCCCUCAGCACCCAGCACGCCCGCCUCCUCCCCGUGCCCCCCGGCGCCCCUCUGCGAACUGCUGCGGAGCCCGCUCUUCGCAGAGUGCCACACCCUCAUCCCACCCGACCCGUUCGUCAGCUCCUGCGUCAGUGACGGCUGCCAGGCGGACAGCCCCAGGGCGCCCUGCGGGAGCCUGGAGGCCUAUGCGGCCCUCUGCCGCGCCCGGGGCGCCUGCAGCAACUGGCGGAAUGCCACCAGCGGGCUGUGCGACUUCACCUGCCCGCCCGACAAGGUGUACCAGCCCUGCGGCCCCGCACAGCCCGCAUCCUGCGACUCCAGGAGCCAGAGCGGAGCGGGCAGGGGGCUGGCAGAAGGCUGCUUCUGCCCCGACGGACACACCCUCUUCAACACACACACGAACGUCUGCGUGCGCGAGUGCGCCUGUGUGGGACCAGAUGGGUUUCCCAAAUCUCCUGGGGAGCGGUGGGUCAGCAACUGCCAGGACUGCGAGUGCCACGAGGGCUCCAUGUCAGUGCGGUGCACCCCCGUGCUGUGUGAGGCCCCGGAGCAGCCCCCACAGUGCAGCCAGGCGGGCUUUGUGGCCGAGACCAGGCCUCUGGCCAGCAACUCAUGCUGUCCGGGGACGCUGUGCGUCUGCAACACGACCACCUGCCCCCAGAGCCCACCCAAAUGUGGGCCGGGAGAGGAGCUGAUCCGCACCCAGGAGGAGGGUGGUUGCUGCCCCACCUUCAUCUGCCGACCUCAGCUGUGUUACCACAACCACACUGCCUACGGGAUCGGUGCAACCUUCCCAUCCAUCACUCCCUGCCACACGUGCACCUGCCUGUCCGGGGACACCCAGGGCCCAAUCGUGCAGUGUGAGGAGGACAUCUGUAACACUACCUGCCGCCAGGGCUACGAGUACUGGAAGGUGGCCGGACAAUGCUGUGGGGAGUGCGUGCAGACAGCCUGUCCCACGGAGGAUGGCUGGCUGGUCCAGCCCAACGAGACCUGGGUCAACAGCCUCGUGGACAACUGCACGGAGUACCGCUGCGAGGUCAAGAACGGGCUCCACGUGCUCACUCCGAGGCCCAUGCCCUGCCCGGAGGUGUCCAGCUGCCAGGGCAUCCUCAGGAAAACCGGCUGCUGUUACUCCUGUGAGGAAGUGGACAAGUGCCAAGUCCGCGUCAACAGAACCAUCCUGACACACCAGGGCUGCGCCACUCGGGCCCCGGUCAACCUCACGUUCUGCGGGGGCUCAUGCCCCGGAGUGUCCAAGUACUCCGUGGAGGCCCAGGCUAUGGAGCAUCAGUGUACCUGCUGCCAGGAGGCAGGGGUUCAUGAGGAGGUGGUGACCAUGCAGUGUCCCGACGGGACCACCGUCCAGCGCACCUACACCCACGUGGACAAGUGCAGCUGUGCCCCAUCCUGCGUCCGCUCACCUGAGGCUCCCGAGGACAGCACCCCCAUCUUCCUGACCUAGGGCUCCACCACUGUCUGUUGCCAUUCUGAUCCCCUCCCGCCAGGCCCCCCACCCCAAUCUGGAGCCAGGACACACACCACCCAACCACGGAAAGCUCGGCCAGCCUGCGGCAGGAGCCCGGGCACACCUGCCAUCUGGGCCCUCGUGGGACCUGUGCCUUGGGGGCUGCCCUAGAGGACAACGGCACAGUGAGGAACCGCUUGAGGAGGGCUCCGGGCGGGGGCCUUGCCCUCGGAGCCCCUCCAGCACAUCUUGGCCACUUGCCUGGCCGUCAGGGCCUGGCCCUCAUCUGAGACAAGUGCCUGUGCUGCCUGGACUCACCCCCUUC